UUCACUGACUUGAGUUGAUUGUUCGCAUUUGUCGAUGAUAGAAGAAAAGGAUGACUAAUUUUUAUGUUUACUGCAAAAAUUAAAGAAAAAUAUCUAAACAUUUAAGUGUAGAAAACAAAACAAAGUUAUUCGAUUGCUAAAAUAUAGUCAGGCGCGGUAUAAUUGUGAAGUGUUGCAAGAAUGAAGAAACAAUUCACGAAAAUCAAAAUUGCAGCUGAGAAUUUGGGGAGAUCAAAUAAAUCUGAUUGCAAGGAUUCAGAGCUGGAAAUAAUUGAAAAACAAGUAGACAAGUAUAAAGAUGUACUGGAGAAAAUGGUGCGAAAAUUGCCGGCUGUUAGUUCGACGACUGACACACAGGACCGUGAUAAACGUAUCAAAAAGAAUAGCCACUACAAAAUCGGACAGGCACUAGAAGAGUCAUCUAAAGAUCUCUCCAAAGAAAUGCCGUUACAUCACGUCUUAUCAAAUUGCGGCGAACUUGAGAAGUCAAUUGCGGAAUGCAUCGUCGACAGUGAACUGGAGACGGAAACCGAAGUGGUGCGCCGGUUGAAGCAAAUUUUGGACAAUGAAAUCCAAGAGAUCUCAUCACUCAAACGCAAUGUGUCACGUACGGUGCAGGAAUAUCAGUCACUAAAGCGUAGCUAUGAGGCCUCCAUUCGCCUGGACGAGGCGCCUGCGAAAAUCGCUCACAUCAAAGACCAACAAGAACAAUGCGAAGUGAAGCUAGAGAAGGAGCGUGACUCUCUCGCCGCACUCAUGUUCGAGCUAAUCACCAAAGAGGAUGUCAUCGUUCAGAGCGUACGCGACUAUGUGCUCUAUCAGCGCAAUUUUCACGAGCGUGCGCUACAAAAGGUGAAUACAUCGCUCGCCUCCAUACAGGACGUCAUACAAUCGACGGCGAAAUCGCGCUUUGGUACCUCGCUGACAGAGCAUUUAGAGUCGACGAAUCGUGAGAUUUCCUACAUUCUUGAGCUGUGCAUUUGUUGUCUCGUCGAGAAUGGUCUCUACGAGGAGGGUCUAUUGCGUGUGGGCUGUGCAAGCACCAAAUUGCGACGCAUGAAGCACGCUCUAGAGGCGCAAUAUGUGAAAACACCAUUGCCGUUAGAGUAUCAGGAUCCACAUGUGAUCGGCUCCAUACUCAAGCUAUAUUUGCGUGAACUACCCGAACCGUUACUCACCUACAAAUACUACAAAGACUUUAUAAAUGCUGCGGAAUGCGGUAGUGAGUCGGAACGUAAGGCUGCUAUCAAAGCGACGUUGGCCAAACUACCAGGGGCGAAUUAUGCGAAUUUGCGCUACCUUACACGCUUUCUCUGUCUGGUCACACAGAAUGUGGAUCACAACAAGAUGAGUUCGCAGAAUGUGGCGAUUGUGAUGUCGCCAAAUAUGUUGUGGCCGCGUGUAGAUAAAAGCAAUCCGGCAGACUAUUUGGGGCAAGUGAAUAGUUCAUCGGCUGUGAAUGUGAUUGUGGAGCUGCUAAUUAGUCAGUGGGAAUACUUCUUCGAGGGAGAAGUGGACUUCUUUGUAACACUAGCGCGCAGUAAACUCUUUGUGGAAGGUAAAAGCAAAUCCGGUUCUUCGAAUGAGCAUUUGGAUCGAAACGAUACGGAUUCCCUCGAGAGUCCGCGUUACGGCACCAUACGCCGGCAGAAAGCCUGCGCGCCUUCACCACCAAGCGCUGCCAAAGUGGUGGAAAAAAUCUCCACCUCCAAUGAAAUCCAACGCAACGGCGAGGUGAAUUCACGCGUAAAAGAACUCUUUCCAAACACCACAGCUACCGCAGUCGCAACACCAGCAGUUAAUAAUAAAUAUUACAAUAACAACAAUAAUGGUAACAACAGCACAAGCGCAGAGAAGCCGGAAAAGCCGCCAUUACCAAAGUUGCCACAGUUCCAACAGCCGCCUGCGCAGGUGACACCACAAGCUCAACCACUACCAGAGCCACCGCAAUCGGCCAAGCCGGUGCCCAUGACGCGUACACAAUUCUUCGGUUUGGAUAAUUUACCCUCACCGGUAGCAGAUCGUAAGAGUACCGAGAGCAUAGGUGGCUCGCUCGCCUUCAAGCCUGAUUUACCACAAAAACCAAAGAUACCAAAACGACCAAUGGUGCUGAGUCUCAGCGGCAGUGGUGGUGGUAGUAAAAGUGACGAUGAGACCACGCCAACGCAAGCGCAAUCACAGACCACGGAAACAGGCAAUGGUAGUGUGGCUGCUAAUGGUGGUAUCGCUGGUAUUGGCAGUGGCGGUGGCAGCGGUGGCGGUGGUGGUGGUGGUAUAGUUUCACGCACCACUGAGAAAUUCAUCGAGAAGUUACGCAGCGAAAAUUGUGAUAACAAUUUUGCAGCGACGGCAACGCGCGAAAAUCAGCACAAUCAACAGCUAUUGAUUUCGGAACAAAAUGCAAAUGUGAACAGUGCCAACAGCGGCGGUGGCGGCGGUGGCGUUGGCGGCAGCAGCAACCGAAGUAGCAUAGGCAGUCUUUACAGCGUUGGUGGCGGUGGUCACUCACGUUCGAAUUCGAAUACGAAUGCCAAUAUUUGCGCGCCUACGCAACAGCAACCAGACGCGACAGCUUUUUUGGCAGCAGCGGCUACGUCUACAGCGUCAGUGACAACACCUUCGGCAGUGAGCACAGCACAAGCGCAAACACAAACACCGGCGCCGAUAACGCGUAUCACACCCACAACGCCCGUUUCGCCGCAUAUGAUAUUAACGAAACGACCGACGGUGCCAGCGCCACCACCGCCUUCGGUGGUUAAGAAACAAUCCGAUUAGGCGUAGGCGACACAUUUCUAGCGUUUAUUUUUAUUUGUAAUAGUUAUUGAAGAAUAAUACACACAUGUAUGUAUGUAUGUAUGCAGAUGCAGACACGCGAGCACUGUUAUAUUUUUGUAUAUGUAUAUGUUAGCACACACACACACGCACACCCGUUGACAGUCCCACAAGCGCACUGACAGUAAACACUGAACUUUUAUACAAAAAGAUUGUAUUGUACAUAAAUAAGCGCGUCGCGUUCGCUUCGACAGAGUGUGCCAAGUUGAAAUUGUGUUUGGGAAAAAUGCAUUAAGAGUUUGGAA